CCCUCUCUCUCUUUUCUCUCCUAAUUCAUUUUUGUAAAAACUACAAUUUAUAUUACACGCUACUGCUGCUGUCACCACAGCCACCAACUGUUUUGGAAUUUAUCGCGACCAUGUCCUUCGCAGAUCCCACGGUGGUCGUCUGCGCUGUUCUGGCCGCCAUUGCCGGCACGGUCUACUUUUACUAUUACUCGCUGCUGGCCAACCAGCCCGACAUCCACCCACUUCAGCUUGCACAACAGUCGUCGGUCAGCAAGACCCGUCAGUCACUCAGAGAAACCGCCACCUACCGCUCCAAAUCCACACCAGACGGCACCCGCCUGCUGUCAACUCUAUCGGAUGACAUGAAAACACUGCGUGAUGCCAUCCGCCUCGGCCGCAGCGUCGCCAGCCCCAGUGCCGUUCAGGUCAUUGUUGACGAUGCCGUACAAAAGGUCACCUCCGAAGAGAUGGUCACCCGCGUUUCGGCCCUUUCUGCCGGCCUUUUGCGCUUGCUGGGCGAGGCGCAGAUAAAGUCAGCUGCUAUUUAUCUUGAGGGCUCGGUCGAAGCACUUGUCGCCUACCAGGCUUGCAUUGAGGCCGGAAUAGUCGCAAUCCCGAUUUCUGCUUCUGAAUCGCCUGCCAAUGUCUCUGCUAUUCUUAAGCACUCUAAGACACGGUUGCUUGUCACGUUGAGUACGCUGGCAGUAAAGCUGGGUGCUGCUGCUGUCGCUUCGACCUGCAUCAAGCAUGUUGUUCUUGUUGGCGAGCUUGAUGGGUCCGAGGCGUCCGAUGCAUUCCGUGCUGCUGCCAGCGUGACCCACUUCAGGGAGCUCGAGCGGGGUGGUGGCUGCGAGAAGGACGCCGUUAUUGAAACAGCCGACGCCGCAUAUGUUUUGUACGGUAGCGUUGGUGAGGGCCGUGCGCCCAGAGGCGUUGUAAUCACCCACGCCAAUGCGCUGGCGGCCAUCACUGGAAUCGUCGCCAGCCUGCCUGCCACACAGGUGCUGACCAAGAAGGACACAUUCAUGUCGGUUGCAUCCCUGGCCAACGCCAUCAACCUCAACUUUAUCAACAUUGCUCUGACCUACAGCUGCUCGAUCUGCAUCCUGGAAACUAGCGACGCAGAAAAGCUUAUCAACCAGGCGUACCAACUCCAGCCCACAUUCACUUUCCUAGACCCAUUGAUCACCCGGGAUCUCGUCCAGCUGUUCUACUCAAAUGUCGUCAAGUACCCAAAGCUUGAGUACGCGAUGUUUAUGAGCGGAUACCGUCGCGCGCAGGACUCGCUGAUGCGCGGGAUUGUGCCAAAGUUUAAUUUCUGGGACUUUUCCUAUUUCCGCCACUACCGCAACGUCAUGGGCGGCAAGCUCCGCCUCAUGUACAUUGAUGGGCCGACGACACCCUCGAAGAGCAUAGAGUGGCUCAGGGUCAUGCAUGGCGCAAAGGUUAUUCCUUUGUUUGGAACCGCCCACACCACUGCGCUCAUCACCGCCGGCUCGUACUAUGACUAUGCGUCCGCUAUCGACACGCACAAUGUGGGUGCCCCAGUGGCGUGCAACGAGAUCAAGCUUGUAGAUGCCGUGGACGGGGUUAGCCUGACUGCCGAGGACAAGCCGAUUUUUGUCCGCGGUGCUAAUGUUGCCGUCGGCCUGUGGAACGACAAGCCCCUCAAGCUCAAGCCUGGAAAUUGGCUCGAGCUGCCCUACUAUGGUGAAAUCUUCCCCAACGGCACAAUCGACGUUAUCGGAUCCACCCAAGGGACAACCAAGAGCUCGCUCAGCCCAUCUGGCUAUCUCUUUGCCGAGCGCCUGGAGCUUGCUUUGGCGUCCUCCAGGGCGAUCACUGACAUCUGUAUCGUUUCAUCGCCCGACUCCAAAACUCUUGAUAUUGUUGCGCACCCGCGUCCCAUGGAGUUGUUCGCCGAGGCCCAACUGUGCAAGAAAACGUACCGGAUGAAGGAGAUCGAAAAGUUUGCAUGGUGUGCAGAGUACAUUCGCGACAAGAUUAUUGAGACCGCCCGCAAGUCUUCUGAGUUCCGGUGGGUUGCGGAUUUGCCUGUGCAGAGUGUGCGUGUCAGGCUGGUGUCAGCUCCGUUUUCUGUUGAAAACAACUUGGCUUUGCAGGAUGGAACUAACAACCGGGUAGCUGCAAAAAAGUUGUUUUCAUCGUUGUAAAAAAGCAAAAUGAUUUUCCUUGGGACACUACUUUUUUUGCCUACGUGCAAGAAGAGAAUUCUUAAUUAAAUAAAUUCAGAACAUGUGUAUUGGUUUGGGA